AUGAUAAUGGAGUCGAAGCUUGCUGAGGAUCAGAGAUUGUUGCCGAGGAGAGGUUUCGGAUUCUCGAGAUCAACCGGAAGAGGCCAGAAACCGGGGGCGAGCAAUAGUAUCCUGGAGGUGAUCGGGCGGCUCACCGGCGGCGAGAUGCCGGCUGUGGAGGGUGGGCGGGUGAAGAUCGUGGUGCGGAGGGAGGAUCUGAAGCAGGUGCUGGAGGCGAUCAAGGACGGCCGCGAGUUGGCGGUGCAGGCGGCGCUGGAGCAGCGGAUGAAUUUGUUGCGGAGGAGGCAAGCCGCGAGGGCGGCGGCGGCCGGUCAAGUGAGAGGUGGAAUUGGUCGGGUGAGUUGGAAGCCUGAUCUACAAAGCAUACCGGAGGAGGAACUUUAA